UUACCGAGUUUUUGGGGCGGUUAUUGAAAUGCUGCGACGCUUUGAUGUGAGUCUGUAAAAAAGCCAGGAGACCAUUUGGCCUCGGCAUUGACGCCGGAAGUUCGGGAAAUUGGGGGGAAAUAUUCAUGGGCAGACCAUUGGCCUCGGAACUAGAGGACCUCGUCGCUGCUUAUGGCAACCUCGGCGUUACCCAUGUACCAUCAGGCCGGCGUCCCGGAGACCCGCAGAUCACCCGGUGGCGUUAUUUCUCCAAUAACUGCCUGCCCGCCGAGCAGCUUUCCAGACAAAUUUCAAGACUUUUUCACCGCUCUGACGGAGGACGCGGACGACAUGCCGAGCUUGCUCGAAGACAAACUCAUCCCCAGGAAAACAGAGCCGAUUAACCCCGAUUUCCGCACACGCCGCUGGAGCAAACGAGCUUUCCAACGGCGUAGCAGCGAGAUCGAGGUACGAGCUCAUCACGCCUCUUUUACCGCGGGCCAGGGUCAGAGCUCCUCCGUAGACGGGCCCAAGUCACCGAAUCCCUCCAGGAGGCGAAGUUCCAGCAUCGCCGUCGCCAGACCUACGCCAGACCUGCACAGGUUUCUCCAGGCAGAAGCUGGUCCGUGGGGACACUUAUCUCCGUCGCCUAGAAGCCCAACCAGAACUGCGGCGAUUAGUCCCGGCGGACUUUCGUCGACGUCUCAUCUGAGUCCUGGAGCAAGUCCCGGAGGACCAAGUCCAACAAGUCCUGCUGGUCCUGCGUCUGCGUGUCGUGGACCAUCGCAGCGACAAUACCGUUGCAGGACGAGCAGCAUGCCAGCAGUACCACGUCACAGACCAAUGCUCGCAGAGAUGAAACGUAGCGGGAUAAACGGCACCGAAGAAGCCGAGGGUGAGGACGGGGUCGAAUACUACAGACUUCGCUCAUUCUCUAUAACUGCGAACGGCGUUUUCAACUUGGGCGAUUCGCUGAGAAGUCGACGGAGUAAAAGUAUCAACAGCGUAACAUCUUCGGGGACAAGUUGCAGCAGUUCUCGCGACGCCAGACACCUGAGCCUGGCAUCGCAGCUGUCGGGAACAGAAGGCGAGGAAGACGACAGCAACGGACGCGUCGCUACCUACAAGGUUGGGAUGCUGGGUGCUUCUGGGGUUGGAAAAACCGCUUUAACAGCCCAGUUCACAACCAGCGAGUACAUCUGCGCGUACGACGCUUCGCUUGACGAGGAAUACGGCCAGAAGACGGUGUCCGUCAUGGUCGACGGUCAAGAGACGGAGCUGGAAAUCAUUGACCAUCCAGCCUCGGAAAUGUCGGUCGAGUCCUUCUGCUCAACCUACAACCCGGACGUUUACGUAGUCGUCUACUCAGUCGUCGAUAGAAGAAGCCUGAAAAUGGCAGAGGAAACUCUGCUCUAUCUUUGGAAAAGUGACUACAUGGCAUCGCACGGCGUUAUCCUUGUUGGGAAUAAAGUUGACCUGGAAAGAAAGCGAGAGGUCCCAUUAGUCGUUGGACGUCGGCUGGCAAACAGUUGCGGAUGCAAGUUCAUCGAGACUUCGUCUGGCCUGGCCCACCACGUGGAUGAGCUGCUCGUCGGAAUUCUUGCUCAAGUCAAACUCAAUCCUCAGCGAGAUCGAGAUCAAGCGACUAGGAGAAAACGGAGUAAACACCGCCGGCGUAUGCUCAAGCACUUACUUGGUAUCAAGAGGAAAACUAAGAGCUGCGAAAAUCUCUUCAUAUUAUGAGUCCCCGAGACAGCGUUCAGCGGCAAGUAUGAAUGAGAAGAAAUUUUUUACGAUGAGUGCUGAAAUUUUCAUUGGUUUGAAUGAUAAUUUUUAUAACUUUAGAUCUUCGGGUCUUCCUAGCCUAGGAAUCUGAUUAUACAGUCU